CUCAAGGCCAGCGGUUUUGGAGGAAAAUAGGAGCUAUUAGUACGGGAUACACGCAGACGUACACACCGAUUGUCUGCAAAUAGUGGUACUCUCUACACAGACCAUACUCUGCUCUUCCGGUUGAUUCCUGCUACACACGCAUUUUCCUACGAUUGAUAUUAGUAUCCGCAUAAAGAAAUGUCUGCUUCUUCACAAAUACCCGUUAAAUUGGUCUUGCUCGGCGAAGCGGCCGUGGGCAAGUCUUCUCUAGUUUUGAGAUUUGUGUCAAAUGACUUCCAGGAAAACAAGGAGCCGACCAUUGGUGCCGCUUUCCUAACCCAGAGAUGUACUAUCGGAGACAAGACCAUCAAGUUCGAGAUAUGGGACACUGCAGGCCAAGAGCGUUUUGCAAACUUGGCACACCUAUACUACAGAAACGCCCAAGCUGCGUUGGUUGUCUACGACGUGACCAAACCAGCAAGUUUUAUCAAGGCCAGACAUUGGAUGAAAGAGUUGAAGGAGCAAUCGACAAAGAGCAUUGUGGUUGCCUUGGUGGGUAACAAGUUCGAUUUGAUUCUGGACGAAGAGACGGGAGAAGAAAUCGAAGGCGCAAGGAAGGUGUCUGUGGAAGAGGGCAAAACUUUGGCUGAAGACGAAGGCGCUGUAUUUUUUGAGACAUCUGCUAAAACGGCUUACAACGUUAACGAAGUUUUCAUGUUUAUCGGCGAAAAACUCUUGGAGAACUUAGAGAAGGCCCAACCAGAAGAAGCACAGUCACAGACACAAAACAACAGAAUAGAUCUAACAGCAGCACCACAGCACGAUGUAAAUGAGAACGCUUGCUCGUGUUGAAUGUGAGUUUCUUCGCUGUUUAGAAUUUUCUUAUCGAAUUCCCAUUUUUUCUCUUCUUUUCCCUUCUUGUUCCUCUGGCUCCUCUUCUGUUUUCUUGUGUCCAUUUUCUUCUUACACCAAUAUUUUGUUUUUGAGUUUUGUCCCUUCUUAUAAAUUGUGCUUUAUAGCUCUGACCUUAAAUAGCAGUAUGUAUACAUGCAGAAUGAUGU